CCUAUCUUUCCAUUCUUCUUCCCGACUCUUUCUCUGUCUCUCUCUUUAUACAUUUAUAUAAAUAGAUUCUGUAAGUAUCGUUAUCAUAAUCCUUUUAUGAAACUUCCUUUAAAACCCCUUAAAAUGUUCUGAACUGACUCAAUAUUUAGUUUAUUGUGGUUGUUCAUUACUUAUAGGGAUUUGUAUGUACACAUUCGGACCAUAUUGUUGUUGUUAGUCUGACAUUGUGGCUCAGAAUUUUGUUCUUUCUUCAUACAUGGGUUUGUUCUUAGCUUAGCAGACAAGUAGUUAAAUUUAUCUUCAUCAACUUUUGCAGUCUUUCUCAUACAUUGCAUUGACCAUAUUGUUUGAUCUAUAUAACAAGAAUUGAUGUAUACAACCAUGAACAAAGAUAAUAUUAGCAGAAUGAAGACUAAGGCUGCCGGAAUUUCUUCGCCGGUGAAAUCCACGGCCACCAGUGGUGGUGUUGGUUCUGAGAGGUGGGAGGUUAGGCCUGGAGGAAUGUUAGUACAAAGGAGAAGUUCAGAUUCUAAUCAGAAUUCCAUUCAUGUUCCCAGCAUCAAAGUCAAAGUUAAAUUCGGCAGAUCUUAUCAUGAAGUCAACAUUAAUUCUCAAGCAAGUUUUGGUGAAUUGAAGAAAAUGCUAGCCCGGCCUACCGGACUGGCUUCGCAGAAUCAGAAAUUGAUAUACAAGGACCAAGAGAGAGAUUCAAAAACUUUUCUUGAUGUUGCUGGAGUGAAAGAUGGAUCAAAGAUCAUGCUAAUCGAAGACGAAUUGAGCAAAGAGAGACGACAUCUUGAAUCGUUAAAAACUGCAAAAAUGGAGAAGGCAUCAAAAGAAAUUGCAGCCAUUAGACUUGAAGUCGACAAACUUGCAAAACAGGUGGCAUUAACUGAAUUGGAAAUUAAAUGUGGGAAGAAAGUUGCGGAGACAGUUUUAUUGAAUUUGAUUGAAUUGUUGAUGACACAACUAAUUAAAUUAGAUGGAAUUUCUGCUGAUGGAGAUAUGAAAUUGCAGAGACGAAUGCAGGUGAAGAGGGUGCAGAAAUACAUUGAAACUCUCGAUAUCCUCAAGAUAAGAAAUUCUUCCCUUGGCAGUAUGGGAAAUGAGAUGAUUCCAGGGCCAGUUGUGGUAACAAAAUGGGAGAAAUUCUGAUUCUGAAUUGGACUUGUUCGAGUAAAGAUGUGAUGAAUCAAUGUGCGUGGCAAGUUAUAUUGGACAAUGUAUAAAAAUAAAAAAAUCUAAACGUUUGUUCAUUAUUUUGUUGGGUUCUAUAUAAAAUGGUAAUAUAUGCACAUAUAUCCUUUUUUCUGGUGAUCAAAGUUUUGGAAUUUCUGUGGUCUGCCCAUUUAGAAGUGAUGCCCUGCUUUCCCAUUUGUAUAUAGCAACCUAUUUAAAGAGAAUGUGUUGGGGCCUUGAAGCAUUA